UCUAAGGAUUCCACAAACAUGGAUGAUUCCAGCUCAGAUUCUGAUGACAGUAAGAUGAUCGUCCAUCACCAAAGUAGAUUUAUGAGUGAAGCAAUAUCUGAAAAAUAUUGUCAAAUUAAGCCAAAAAAUAAUAAGGAAGCUGCUCACAUUUGGUGCUCUGUCAUUCCAGUAAAUGAUCAGAUGCAUUGGCAUAUAAUAGCCAUACACUUACUAUGGCCAUAUUUAUUUGCUCAGGCAAAAAAGAUUGAUCGCUAUCUACAGUGGGCCUUUACAGCGAAAUUCAUAGAUGCUGAGAAUUAUGAUAUCUUUGAAGUGAAUGUGGUAAAGCUACAAAAUAUUGAGCUUCUGGAAUCAGUGAUUGAGGCAAUAGGGAAACAUCACCAUUCUGCAGCAUUUCUACCAUGUUUAUUAGAUUUAUGGGAUAAAGUACAUAAGGUUAAUUGUGACCUCGAUGGUGUCAUUGAUAUGAUAGAAAAGACAGGAGAAUUUAAUAGUCUGCGUGGUGAAGUGAACUCUGGAACAAAACGAUCACGGAUGUCAGCUAUUGCGAUUAUCUGCUUUCAGUAUGCAUAUUUUGUUAAGACGGUCUUAGGUGGUGAAAAUAUUCUUAAUUUAGUGCCAAAAGAUGAUGACCAGAAGAGUGAAGAAUAUAGAAAAAGAGGCAAUGAAGAAUUUAAAAAUGAGAACUAUGAAGCUGCAGUAAGCUGGUACUCCAAGGCAAUUGAUUUAAGACCUGACAAUCAUAUUCUGUAUGGAAACCGAGCUCUCUGCUUUUCACGAAUUGAAAAUUACGGGAAAGCACUUGGUGAUGGAAAACGAGCCAUUGUAUUGAAACCUAAUUGGCCCAAGGGUCAUUAUCGCCUGUGUGAUGCCUUGUUUUCGAUGGGAGAGCACAAACGAGCCAUCGAUGCUAAUGCUAAAGCUCAGGAAUUAUGCAAAGAUGUUUCAGAUGGAAUUCGGGAUUUGAUUCAGCAGAAAGAAAAGUUCCUUAAAAAACGAGAUGAAAAUCCUGGAAGAUCAAAGACUGAUGGAUUAAAGGAAGAAGUAAACGCCAAAAGAGAGCAGUCAAAGGUACCAACUAAGCUCCUAUUUGAAAGCCACAAGAAUGAGUCCAAGAGAAAUCAGGAAAGAAAUGGAAUGAGAUCGCGUCUUCCACAAUACCCAGAAAAGCCGCUGAAGCCUGUAAAUGACUCAAACAGCAUGAUUAACGAAUUGAAGUCUCUAAUUCAUGAUGGGUAUAUAGCCUUAUUGGACAAGCGUGCCCACAAUGCAAAACAUGCCUUCUUAAAGGUGCUGAACCUAGUGGAUCCUGAAAAACUAGAGGAAGCAUCUCUGUCUAGAAGUGAAUAUGUGAUAAUUAUCUAUGGUCAUGCCUCUGCCCUCCUUGGCAUUGGAUUGCCUGAGGAGCUGACCGAGGCUGAAAAUCAAUUUAAUAAAAUCUUGGAGCAGUUCCCACAGCAACGCCUUGACUGUUUGGCAUUUUACGGACUUGGCAAAGUGUACUUCCGGCAGAACAGAUUUGCUGAUGCUCUAGACCCUUUCACUAAAUCCUUAACAAUGGUAAAUCGUAAGAUUGUCCCAGGCAUACUAACAUGGCCCACAACAACCGUUGUUAUUGAAGAAACACAGGCUGAAAAAUUAAAGGCGAUGUUGGAAGAAUACAUUGAGAAAUGCAGAUUUCCUCCAGUACCUGAUGCAAUCUGCCGCUAUCAACAUUGCCAGGGACAUCCUAAGGUCCAGAUCUACUUCACAGACCCAGAUUUUAAGGGCUUUAUUCAAGUAAUGUGCUGCCUACAAUGUUGUGUGGAAUAUCAUAUCAACUGUUGGAAGAAAUUGAAAGCAGCUUCCUUUGAAGAUAAAAAUGACAAGGAAUUUCUCAGAAGUCAAUGUUUCACACCUGACUGUGGAGGACAGAUUUCAAAAAUUGUCAUCUAUAAUUCAAAAGGUCUUGUGAAAUGCGAGUUUGAGGCUAAAAUAACUAAAAGCAAAGACCCAGCAAAAACAGUUGUGAAACAGAAAUGUUCAAGUGCAUUGAAAUUGAAAAUUAAAGAAGGUCGUAAAGAAACCAGAAAACAGUUGAAAAAAGAAGCUUCAAGGCACAAUGCUGAAAAACAGAUAAGAGAAAAGUCUGAAAAAAGUAGCAGAAAGGACGAAACCAAUUCUAAAGGAGGUCAUUCAUGGAAUCCUCUUGGUGAUCGAAUGUUGCAGCUGAUAACUGAGAACAAGGAACAGUUAAAAGCUGGAGUGCAGAAUGUUUCAAGCCUACUUCAAGAAUUGCUUUCAUUUCAUGUUCUAAGUGAACAGGAUUAUGACAUGCUUCACACAGGUGCCUCCAAACCAUGUCAGGUUAUGGGUCAACUUCUUGAACUCAUUGUACAGAAGAAUAACAGAAUAAAGACCAGGGAAUUCCUCUACACACUUAGCAGGUGCCAAGACAUUGACAACAAGCUGUUGGAUUGGAUCAAUUGGUUAAAUGAUGCAGGCUGUGAAGCAGCAGAGCUGUUUCUGUCUCGUUAUUCAAAUUGCAUAGAACAGUUGGACUUGAACUCUGUGCAAGAGUUGCUGGAUGCACCAAAGAUUGAUCUCUCACCCUCUGAUAGCACUAAAGAAGUUGUAGAACAGUUGAAACAGGAGUCGCCUACAAAAAUCCGCAGUUUUAUAUGGAAGAUGGAGGAAAAAAGAGAACAAUUUCCAUCCCUACACAUUCCUUUAGAUGAAUAUUUUAAUGCAAUGGAUGCUCCUUGUACUGUACUAAAGAAACAGGAAAAUGAAGAAUUAUCUAAUAUUGGCCUUAGAAGUAAAGUUAGAAACAGAAGAAAGAAACCGAAGGAUUCCAAGCCUAUUCUCCUUCUAUCUGGGUCAAUCAGAGCUGGAGCCCGUGAGGAGGAGGAUGAUGAAAUAUUCUCCGAUGAUGGCAUCCUUACACAAAUGACCUCUGCAGGUCCAUUUACGGUACCAGAAUAUCUUCGUGUUCGACUUGAGGACUUUGAAGAUAAUUAUGAUCCUCAGCUAUAUGGCAGUCAUUACCAGCGGGUCCUAGACAAUAACCCAGACCCAACACGCGAAAGCCUGUAUGAAUACUUCGCCCAAAUUCUGAAUGAACAUGGACCAAUGGAAAUUGAUAACCAGAUGUUAGUUGGCGAAUUUGAAAGCUUCCCACCAGAGGCCCAAGAGCUAGUGCGAAAGACGGGUGGCUUGAAGUCAUUCCUGAUGGAAUCACUGCGAUUUGUGGUGAUUAACAAUUUGAUAGGACUGAUGAAGCAUGCUGUACAAUUGAAGAGCUUGGCUAUAAGUGAAAGAGCAGCAACCAGAGGCACUGAAGAAUCCGAGAUUAACUCAGAUGAAGUUUCUAAUGAAAGCCUCCGUCCAGUGGCUCAUCUCAAUCCCACUGCUAAGGAAUUUAAGCCUGUCUCUUUUCAUCAAUCAUCUUUAUCAUGUCCAUCAGUUACAAGUUCACUAAGUGAAAUACAGAACCCUAAUCAGCAUAUACAUUAUGAUACUGAAGUAGGAAUUAAUUUUUCAACAGAUAAUAUAUAUAUGAAUAUUAAUCCAUAUUCUGAUGUAAGUCCAGAUAUUCAUGGCUCAGACAUGAGCUUGUUGAAUCAUAAUUUGAAGACUAGCAAUCCGUUGACUGAUCAUUACUUAAAUGUGAUUGCUCCUGCCUCUCAAUCUUCUUUUAAUCCAACAUUCUGCAGUGAUGUAUCAUCUAGUCAUAUACCUUCUGAUAUACCACAAGUAAUCCCGAAUUUUUCAAAUCUAUCUUUUACUAAUUAUAAUUAUCAGUUUCAUUCGGUCAAUUCUGGUGGAGGAUGUAACCCCAUGGCAAACGAAAUGGGCCAUGUAAGACUGUCAUCUAAUGUUAAUACAGCAGUAACGGUUGCACUUGAAGAAAUGCCUCAGAGCGAUGUUAAGCACGAAGAUACUAAUGGUGUAUCAAGCAAAAUGAGCAGCAAGGAGUCUGAUACAAGUUACAAUAAGUGUGAGAAUAAAAGAGGCCCAUUGCUAAGGACCAUUGCCGUACAGGCUCAUCAGGAAUCUUUCUGUAAUACCAACAUCAAUACUGAUCCUUUACAACCAUUUGAAAAUCAACAGGGUGAUAUUUUGAGAAUUGAGAAAGAGCACCAUGUUCUGCAGAAACAACUGCAAGAAGCAGAAGAAAAAUAUGAUCAGCUUGCAAACCGCAGCAGAGAUGAAAUUACUGCACUUGAAGAAAAAAUGACUGAAUUCAUAAAGAGAAAUGAGCUACUAAAAUCUGAGCUUGACUUGAUACGCCAAGACUUGGAAAGUGAAAUCAAGAAGAGUCAGCAAGAAAAGCGAGAAAAUAAUGAAAACUUAAAAGUACUCAAAUCAAAAGUUAAAUCACUUGCUGAUUUGAAUCAAAUGCACACUGAAAAUAUUCAGGAGAACAAACAACUUUAUGAGAAACGUUUACAAGAAUUUGAAGAAAUAAGUAAUCAGUCAUCAAGAGAAAAGAAAAAGCUAGAAGAAGCCAUUAGAAAGAGUGAUGACAAGUACCAAGAAACUAAUAAAAGAGCCACCGAUGCAGAGGUGUCUGCGCUAGAGAGCUGGUGGAGAACACAACUCUUUUUCCAUUACAGAGCAGCUGAUGAUGCUAAGCGUAUACUAGAUAAAAUGAAAGCACUUGUCAGAAGCCCAAUCCCAGCAAAUCCACAACUACAGAGGUCGGUUGCAGCCUGGGAGUCAUUCCUAUUUACAAUCAACCAACAAAUCAAUCAAAGCAAGACAGAUCUUAAUAACCAGCUAACUCGCGUAAAAAAUGGAGCUCAUCUAAGCAGUCUUCCACCAGUCUCCGUACCAAUUCUCCCAGCACUCCCAGGCUCUAGCAUGCUGCUGGAGAAUGAUGAUCCUGCCAUUAUAGCAUCGUACUCUUCUGCAAGUAAGGAGUUGCAGAUGCAAAACCAUAUGGUAUCUAUUGCACAAGUAUCAGCUGCUGCAACACAGAAACCUCUGAUGGCUCCAAUGCAGGCAGCCCCAAGGACUGCCGAAGCGAUGGCUAAAGUUCCACCUGUAACAUCCAGCCUACAAAGCCAAUCUUCUUUGAACCAAAUUCAACAUGAAAGUUCUUUGACAAAGCCUCAGUCUGCCUGGUUAUCACUAAAUAAUAGAGCAGGCACACCCACAAUACCUGAAAUUGCAACCUCUACUGAUACUCUGUUUUCUACAAGUCAACGUGCAAAUGCUACAUCUCAACAACCCAAGAACAGCUAUGAUAAAAUCAUCAACCGUCUUUUGGCCAUGUUUCCUCAUUAUUCAAGGGCCCAUCUGACUGAUUUCAUUAAAGAAGUUCGUAGCGCAAAUGGCGGCUCCCUUUCUGGAUUAGUAUAUGAUGAAAUAAUUAAUCGAGUGGCCGAUCUCAUUUUGGAUCAUCAAGACAAAACAAAGGUCCAGUUUGUGCCUUCCACCCUUCAACAGCCAGCAAGCCUUGUUCACCAAAGGCCAUCCUCUGACUUUGGUGCUUCACUCAGAGUACCUGCAGCAUCAAGUGAGAGCUUAAGACCAUCUACUCUUUCAGCUGCUAGAAAUGCCCGUUCACAGCCUUGGAAACCUGUCAAAGCUCAGACUGCCUCACGGUGGCACGUAAGCAAUCCUCCUACAUUUGAUGAUGAGCCAUGUAUUAUUUGUCAUGAAGAUUUAACACCAGACACUAUGUGUGUGCUUCAGUGCAAACAUCAGUUUCAUCAAACGUGCAUCAAGAAAUGGCUAAGAGAGAACAGCACUUGUCCGACAUGUCGUGUUCAUGCUCUCCUGCCUGAAGAUUUUCCUGAACUGUCUGGAAUGAUAAAAAAUACACAAACCUAUCCUUUUUAAGAAUAUUAUCGAAGAGGGGAUUGACACAUAGUUGUCAGUUAUUUUGAUCAUUACUUUCUGCAGCUUUUAUUUUUCUUUCCAUGAGGCUGUUUGCAAUUUUAGGAUAGCAUGAAAAAGAAUGGGAAGAACGUGCAGGGAAAUGGUGGCAGGGACAUGUGAAGAAGGAGCAUGGACAUGGUUGACAACAUCUUACUGUGCUGGAGAGAUUCAAGCCUUUUAACUUUAUUAAAAUGACAUCCGGGUUCAGUAAACGAGGGGUCUUUCAAAAUUUGUCAAGAGUAGAAUCAUUUAUUGAGAACUCUGAUGUUGCUUGGUGGAUGUCAGUGUGAUAUCAUACGAACGCUAUGUAGUGAUCUAGAAGGGGAACAACCCGUUCAGUUUUUCUCUCUCGAUCCAAUACCAGCCAUCUUGCACUUCAUUUCUAAAGCAAUGCCCUGUUACAAAUAUAAGGAACAACCAGCUUGCAAUUUUAAUCUUUAUACAAUAUAAUCCCUUUUAAGUAUAUUUUUAAAUUCAUGGAAAACCAGCUGAAUAUUCUAAAUAUAUCAUAAUUUGAGGCCUUCUGUAGCAUCACGUGCCAUAUGAUUUCUUCUUGCUGUCAGCAACAAGUGAUUUUUUUUUAUAUUACCACUCAUCAUGUUAAAGACAUUGUGUAGGUACACACUUAUUACAGAAGCCAUCAUUCUGGGGAAUAUUAAGAAUAAAUAUGUUUUUCCAACUCGAUCGGCAGGAAUCAAUUCAACAAUCUUCAUUCUGUAGUAAUCAUAAUUUAUGGCCACAAAAGCACAGUAUUUCCGGCCUUUUCUCUUCUCUUUUAUUUUGCUUUGGAUUGGGUUCGGCAUUCUGAUUUGUGUCGACCUCACCUAAAAUCUCUUCACUAUUUAAUUAAAAAUAAGAACAAAGUGCUGGAUCUUGUGGGUCUUGUAGCAUCUGUGAAGAGUGAAGGGGUCAACUGUUCAUCUCAAUAACAUUGCUAACUACUUCCUAUUCUGACAGAAUGUGACAGGUUAAUAAUUUUAAUAUUAAUUUUUAUAAGAAAGAUGAGUGGAUGGAGUGGGUCUAUGGAAGAAAACAUUGCCCACACUUUGUUUCCACCCUAUAAUGUUGUAUUGAUCUUAUUAACUAAGUUUAAAGAGGUGAUGGUGUAUUAAAAAUUAUAUGUAAAACUAAUGGUCUUGUUGCUU